UUGGGCAUACUGGGAAUACCCAAAAGAACUGGAAUCGGACAUUCGGAGAUCUCUGUCUUGCCAACGUCUUCUUCUUCAAUAGCUAUACAUCAAACCAUUAAAACCCAAUUACUGUGCUUUGGUGUCGCAACAUUUUUAUUGUUUUCCUCUCUAAAUCUAUCAAAGCUUAUGGAUCAGCUGGAUAUUGACAAUGUAUUGGAAAUUCCAGACACCCCCAACAGACAAUCUUCACAGAAUAAGGACAGUGGUGGAGUGAAAAAGGAGAGAAAUCUAUCUGUAGGAACUCAUUCACAACAGGGGAAAUUUUCUAAUGAACAGCCUAAGAACCAGCUAAACGUCCAUGGCAUUGGAACCAGGAGACUUUUCAUUCGUCCUCCAAGAAGGAUCAAUGGUUCUGGACAUUCUGGCGAAUUGGACUGCCAUGCAAUGUCUUCAGCUUUUAGCGUACAUGAUUCACCUUCUUCAAGAAAUGACCUUUUACUUGGAAGGAAGGAUACAGGUCCCCCCAACCACAAGGGAAAACACUCUUUUUCUGCUCAAUUUAGAAAAAGAGAGAACCAAAUGUUGAAUCCUGAAUUAUCUUCCUGCAAAGGUGGUUUGGUUGUAAAUUCAACAGAACAAAGUAGGGUGGCUCUUGGACUGCCAGGAAGUAGCCGAGUCAAUGAAUUUAAAAAGGGAGCUGUAUCAAGCGGUGAAUUCUCUUACUUGCAAAAUAGGGAAAAUGCUUCAGUGUCCACAAACAAAGUUGACAAAGAAAAACAAAUUGAUGAUCGAAGUAAAGUUGGUGUGCAUAUUAACCAUGGAGAGAGGAAGGAAUCUGCUCAUGAUGUGCAUCACAGUAGCAUGAAGGAUAGUUAUGCACCUGUUAUUACCCUGCCUAGGGUUGUUGGGAAGAAGAGUUUGGUACGAAAUGGAUGUAUAUCUCCAAUCAACAUAGCGAAGGCAAAACAACCAGUUGUGAAGGAUCACAAUGGUCCUAUAACUGUUGAACAGAAUUAUACCUGCAGUCCUCUGGCAUCAUCUGGCAGUUCAAAGAAUCCAAUUAAUGUUAAGGAUUUGGUGUCUGAAGACCAUACCUCUUGCUCAGCGAAGGGCUCUCGCUACGCAAAGGGAAAAGGGGUGAUGGUCCAACCUUCUAUUUUAUCAGAACCAAAUGCAGAAAGUGCAAAUGCAUCACACAGAAAUAUUAUAGAUAUUGAUGAUGAAGUGAAUGAAACCACUGGGACCAGUCAAGAUACUCUCAGAAGCUUUGAAGAACCAGGUGGAUGGAGGAGUACACGAAAUCGAAGUCAGAACAGGUUGUUAAGAAGAGGAAACAAAAACAAUUCCCAGAAUCUUGGUCAUUAUCCUAUGUCUGAGGAUUUAUCCUCCCGUAGGCAUUCCUUUGCACAACCUUCCAGUCAUAUGGCAGUGCCUCUUGGGGAACAAUCAGGUCAUGUUGAUGUUCAUCAUUCAGUAGUAAAUUCUCUUGGUAAAAGAAAAAAACAUGGAUCUACCUCAAUCAAUCAUGGUGAAUGUUCUACAUCAGCAUUUAAUGAUUCAGACAUCAUGUUUAUUGGACCAUCUAAGGAUGUUAGAAGUUCUAGAUCAGACGUGAACCAAAACCAUCGCAGAAGAGAUACCUUAGUACCAACCAUUGAAAUUGAUGGUAGCCCCCCUCAAGCAAGAAAUAACAGUUCUCAAGGUUUAGCUUGCCAAAGUGAUGAAGAUGCUACGGCCAAACAGGUAGAAGCAGAUGAAAUGCUUGCACGGGAGCUUCAAGAGCAAUUAUACAAUGAGAUGCCUGCUUUUGGAGUUAGUGAGAUUGAUGAAGGUUUUGCAAGGGCUUUGCAGCACCAUGCUUUCUCUGGGGAAACGAACACAGUUGUUACUAGAAGUAGAUCGGUUGCAAACUCACAAAGACGAUCCCAAUUGCAAUCUUCAACAAAUGUUUCUCGUAGAGCGUCUUUAGCUCGAGCUUCUAAUUCUAACAGAUUAGUGAGAUUGAGGAGUCGUUUUCCUGGACGAGCUCGUACUUUGUCAUCACCAAGACGAAGGAAUUCAAUUUUUCCUCCUAAUGUGAAUGUGGAAACGAGAAUUCAAGUUUUGGAAGCGCUAGAGGCUUUUAGCAAUAUGGGAGUAGUUGGUAACUUUCUUCAAACUCGACAAGACUUCAACGAUAACGACUAUGAAAUGUUAUUGGCACUUGAUGAAAAUAAUCACCAACAUUCCGGUGCAUCAGUGAAUCUGAUUAAUGGUUUGCCAGAGUCUGUUGUUCAGAAUGAGAAUCAUGGCGAACCUUGUGCAAUUUGUCUUGAAACUCCAAUAAUAGGAGACACUAUCCGCCAUCUCCCUUGCUUACACAAAUUUCACAAAGACUGCAUUGACCCAUGGCUCCAAAGAAGAAGAUUGUGCCCGGUCUGCAAGUCAUCCAUAUCUUGAUCUUUAUCUUGGGUAUUGGAGAAUGGAGAUACAAGGCUUCGUGUUCCUGUAAUGCCAGACGGGAUGACUACGAGGUCUUACUCUUAUUCUUUGGGUGAAUUCUGUAGUUUUUUUUUUUUUGGCUAUACUGGUGUGGGAUAAAUGUCUACACGCUGCACAUUUAUAGCAAUUUUUUUUUUUUUUUUUUUUUUUUUUUUUUUUUACAUUGUUUAUGGAGAAUAUCAAUUUAUCAUUAUAGAAUCAAGUAAUCGGCUAACAUUUUGGCACA